UCAUAAUUGUGAUUGUUGAAUUUUAAAUUUGGCGCGUGUCUUGACUAGUUUUCAAAAUGGCGUCGCUAGAAAGGGUGUGGCGCUGGUGUCGCGUACCCAUCCAUGUACUCCGAUUGGAGACUCCGUUCAGUAGCGCAGGAGCAAGUGUCGAGAGCAGUCGGUGGGUGUUGGGUUUCUCGUAACAUCUCGCCUCGUCGUCUUAAAAGACGAGUGGCUGGUACGCCAGGGAGAAUAUUUGUGUCGUGCUUCCGCGUAUACGUGCCCAAAAAAUGUAAUAUGGCGAUGGUCGCGUCGAAUAUGAGCGGCCACAUACAGAAGCAGCUCACCAGAAGUCUCGAGCGAAUAUUGGAGGAAGCACAUUUAAGCGGUGAGCUGAAGCUUAGCGGUCGAAAACUUAAGGAUUUUCCAAAAGUUGGAAAACCAGGCUCCAGCAAAUAUAAUCUUCAAGACACGGUGUUUGCCGAUCUGUCGAAGAACCGCUUCGCCGAAUUGCCGGAAGAGGUGACGGAAUUUCCGUUCCUCGAGAAGCUACAUCUCUACCACAAUGCCAUAAGAAUAAUACCGGAAACGGUGGCGAUGCUUCAGUCGCUCAACUACCUCGAUCUUAGUCGGAACCAAUUGACGUCUCUACCUCGAGAGAUAUGCAGGCUACCGUUGCAAACGUUGCUGGUCGCACACAAUAGAUUAGCAUCGUUACCGGACGAAUUGGGUAGAAUGUCGGCGCUGGCCGAGCUGGACGCAGGCUGCAACGAAAUCACGAACCUGCCACCUCGAAUGGGCGACCUUGCGAGACUCAGGUCCCUGGACCUGAGGAGCAACAUGCUCGUGCACCUGCCUAUAGAACUGACGUACCUGAGACUCGUGAAGCUGGAUAUCAGCGGCAACCGAAUAUCCGUGCUUCCGAACGAGAUGAGGAAGAUGAAGAGUCUGGUCGAUUUUCGACUCUCCGACAAUCCUCUGACCUCGCCACCUGCCUCGUUAUGCAUUCGCGGGCGAACGCACAUCUUUAAAUAUUUGGAGAGACAGGCGGCGAAACACGAGAGAGCGAGAGGAGGCCGCGCGAGAAAAACGCCUCUGGAUGUGAGAGGUCACGCGACGUUGGACACAAGGGCCCACAGACGGCACAACGUGGACAGCGGUUACAGCACCAGUGACGGGGUCGACAAACGUUGGUCCCAAGAAAUUCACAGCGCGGUGCACGACGGCGAGAUUCGAGGAUUGUGGCGUCAAGAAUGUUCGCCGCUUUCGAUUACUCUGCCUCACGAGACCAGCGUGAACGGAUCUUGUAGCGGAACGUCGACGCCUAGUACCAUCUCGCCAGGAGAACACGCGUCUCUCGAAGACGAGCUGGGCAAGGCCAUGAUUCUGCACGAUCAGUUGGAAAAGAGGAGACUGGAGAGGAGCACCUCGGAGAACGGCGGCGACGUCAGAAGAUCGAUGACCUCUGGUCUUUAUCACGCGUCAAUUACGCCACCCGGUCCUUUAGAAUCCGCUCAUCUGAAUCAAACGUCAUCGAUAUCGACGAACACGCAAUCGGUACAACCUAUACAAACGUCCACCGCAAACUCUACUUCUCUGUUGAACGGAGAUGAAAAGAGGCCGCUGAAUCACAUUCAAACUUAUAGAGAGUACAAAGAGGCAUUGAGACAACAGAGGGCCAACGAAGGGCCCAGCGUGUACAGGCCUCGGGAACAGGUAACACCGCCAGGCAACGAAUCGCAGAACAACGAGACGGACCCGUCUAGCAACAAGGAUGGUGUUGGUUUGACCGGCAAGCAAAUCUUCAACGAGGAGAACGCGAACAAGAGACCGGUGCAAAAGGUGACACCGUCGCGAAUCAACUAUCAGAACACGCCUAUCAUCAACGGUAGUAAUAACGAGUACAAUAACAAGAACGGAAAGUACAUGGAACAGCCGUACAAGAAGCCCAGUUCGCCCAUCAAAACUUCCACGAGCAUUUUAUCCUCGAGUACCAGCCCCGGACAUGCGCCUAGACUAGUCAAAACUGCAGUUGGUUACGUGGAAGGUAAUAAGAGUCCCAGUAAAAACGGCGGAAGUCCAAAGUCACCCAGAUCGGUUACGUGGAACAGCAACGUACCAGAAAAAUACUCUUUCACCAUGAGAAGAGAAUUCGAACGCGCCAAGGAGGAAGCUGAUUUAAUCGAACAGCUUCGAAAUCAUAUAGAAACAAGGCUGAAGAUGGCUUUACCAGAAGACCUCGCCCCCGCGUUAACCGACGGAGUCGUUUUAUGUCAUUUGGCGAACCACGUGAGACCUCGAUCGGUAGCCAGUAUUCACGUCCCUUCGCCAGCCGUGCCCAAGUUAACCAUGGCAAGAUGCAGGCGUAACGUCGACAAUUUUCUCGAGGCGUGUCGGAAGAUCGGCGUCGAUGAGGAGGUGUUAAUGGACGCGGACGCAAUCAUGGACGUGGGUUACAUGGACGCGUAUGGGCUGGAGGCUCUGGCGCGUCUCGUCUCCGCUCUUCUCCUUCUCCGUGACGAAGGAGAGAAAGAUAACGAAGAAUCGGCUGCAGGUUCAUCCCAUACGAUUCAGGAUCGCGUUUUGUCCGCGAUGCUUUUCGCCACAUUCCUAUCGUCCCUCGUUCUACUCUAUCUUUUCCCCGUUCCCGACUGAAAAGAGCGACGAAGACGAGAACGCACCAGAGUGCGAUACGAUGGGAACGAACGACGCUCGCAAGAGAAAAACACCAUCGAAGAUCAGUUAACCACGAUAUACAAGGACCGAUCAAAUAUAAAUUGAAACUCUUUCGUAGCGAUCUUAAAUUCGAUCGAUAUCGUGUCCAUUAACAUCUGUCCGUUUCUCUCACCGAAUUAGCAAUUGUUCUUUCCAUUCAGAAGAUUAUUCUUUGCCUAGGGUUCAUUUUACCUAUUGUUGUAUCCAUUUAGUAUCCGAUCGAUAUAUUUUCAACGCGCUGGAAGUUGAUAAUAUGAAAUGAUCUUUUCAGUUUUAAUUUAUUAUGAUGUACACGUCAUCUGUGGGCGAUAGGUAAAGCGUUAACGCUUUGACACAAAUUUACGAAUUGGAUACUGAGUCUUCUUCUAUCGAGGUACUGUUAUACGUAAAAAAACUUGCUAUGCGUUUACCUGCAUAUACGUUUUGCUGCUGUAUAAAGAGCCUCGUUUAUAUUUGAUCGAUCCCCGUAUACAUAUCGAGGCACGACGAGACUACUCGAAGAGCACGCAUUUUCUCACUUUCCCCAAUUAACGUUCGAUAAUUUGUCGGUGUUGCUGGUCGAGUCGUCGAGUCGCUCGAUUAAAAAAGAAAUUAUGCGACGCUCUUCUUCCACUCUUAUACGCCAUUUAGUACUUCUAGAGCGGCACGAUAUUUUUUACAAAGUUCCUUUUGUUUUUUGUUUUUCGUUCGCCUCUGCCUUGUCGAGCAAAGAAAAGCGAGUCGAGCGUCGCGUCGAUGUUGAAAAUCAUCGAGUCGUUUUUCAGCAAUCGUAAGACACCCGUUUCUUUUCCUGGAGGAUCGUUGAGACAGAGCUUUUUGCACUUUCAUUCAGCCUGUUCGAGACACGUUAAGUAAGAUAAUCUCGAUGAUCGUUCGCAUCGAGGUCCUUCGUCGUUGUCAAAAGUGUCUCGGUCUUCCAGCUCGACGUAGUUUUCCGACCUAAUAGUUCCUUUUCGUUUGUAUUGCUUUGUGUUGGAAGACUAGGACACUUUGAAAUUUAUUUAACCCCUUAAAUAAGCGUUUCUUCGUAAGCUACAGAGGCGCUUUGCUUAUGCACAGGCAUGCAUAGAUGGCUGCUCUCGAUUACGGGAAGUUUACUCGCAAAAGAUAUGACUCGCGAUAAGAUUCUGUUAGAUAUACUAGCGCUGACGCAUUGGAACGAUGACAAGAAGUCAAAUAUCAAAGUUUUUCAUCUAAUUACAAGGCUGCUGUCCAAACUCAGUAUAGCGCUAGUAUACCAUAAGUCAUCUAUGCGCGCAAGUGUAUGUUAAACGAUUUGACUAGAACACGGCUCUAGCUUUACAACAGGGUUGUUUGUUUCUCUGCCUCCGUAUUUAUGGCGCUUCAAGGUUUAUCUUUUCGCGUGUUAAAGAAACGCUUCGAAGCCGACGAACAAAAGUAUUUGAAUAGUAUUUAAGAAGUAUCAGAAGGCAGCUUGAUCGUAUAUUUUAGUCCGCUUAGUCGUAGGAAUCGCUGUGUAGUUGUGUAAGUUUGUCGAGCGUUUCCUUACUCCUGUUUUUGUAUCGUAUUGUUUGAGAGCUCGGGCAAACUUCAUCCUUGACUCUCUGAUCGUUCUCGAGCGACGGAAGAGAACGCGAAAUCAAAGAGCGUAAUCAAAGCACGCUCGCAUAUCAAAAACGAAUCGCCUGUGUAUGUACGUAUCUUGAAUUUUUCGUUCGAAUCGUUAUGAUCGGAGCGAAUCUAUCGUCGGGCAGGAUUUUACUUGUAUUUGAUUGAAAUCGCAACACAGUCAUUCGUGACUACAGUCACAACAUUUACGUUCACGAAAGAAUUGAUCGAAAACAUUGAUACUUACAUAAUGCUCGACCUGCCAUUUAAGCGUAAGAGGGAAACGAAUUUUCUCGUCUAGUAUUGGGGCAUCGUCUAUGAUACUGUCGUAGAUGGCGGAGUUCAAAGAAAGAAAAAAAAAGCAGACAAAAGAAGAAAAAGAAUCAUCGCGUAAUACCUCGGAUGGGUAGUAUUUUUUUAACGUUCGACCAAUAAAAAUCGCCUACGGCUCUUUCAGGAUUGAUGGGUCUGUGAUAGGUAGCCUUCGAGUACUUACAGGAUUCGCAAACAAGGUGCUAGAAACGUCUUUUAUUUGAAAGAAUUCCUAUUUUGGUACUUAGCUGUUAAACACGCACAUUCGAACAUUAAAGAGAACCUCGAUUCUCGUAUAAGUUAUCGAUCAAAUUGUUUUUCUUGUUUACGAGUUCUCACGAACAGUAUUGUGUGUCCCUUCCUGACGAAACUGCGGCAGACAGACAUAUUUUCUUUCUUAUCGUUAUUUUCUUUUCUGUCUCUCUAUCUUUCUACUUCUCCUCCAAGAUAGCAAAAAGAAAGGAUGAUUUUCGUUAGGAGGGAACGAACAUGAAACGAGAGCACUGAUACUUCACCGACCAAGCAAUUCGGUCGUAGCCUAAGAUAAUCUGCAUAUUUUCGUAUAAUCGUGAUUCGUAAAACCAACGUGUGUACAAUACGCGUGUUGUAUCGUUUAGAACUUAUUCUAUGUAUGUAUAUUCGUACGAUUUAAGGAUUAUCGCCUACUUAAUAAGGAUUUGAGGAGGAACGGGUCGCUCGUGUCCUUCGAUCGAUUCUUUGCUUCCGGAAUUUGCUCCACACCUUCGAUCUACCAUAUUUUCCAGUUAUCAGAUAUAGUUCACACGACAGAUUAAACAGUGCCAAACACGUCAAUCAGUCGGAUCAGUCGACCGUGCGCGAACAAAUAUAAACGGGGCGGAUAUCUUUCGAUAUUAACUCGAUAGUUUGUUACACGAAAUUUUCCUCGUCCGUCAUUACAGAAUAUAGAAAUUUAGAAAUAACAGUCGCUACGGUCUAAAUAUGAAAGUCUCGUUUAUACUUGAUCGAUUUUCAUACACGACAUCGAACGAAAAGAUGCACUGACGAACGCGGCCAAAGUAUACAAUGUUUUGAAUCGAAACGCACAAAGGAAUUUUCACGAGGUUUUAUUCUAUCAUAGACAUUUUUUUCUAUACAUAUACUAUACGAUAACGUUGGUUCAUUUUGUACGAACGAUUCACGCGAUCCAGUAUACAUGUGCGUAUAUACACCUUUUUUACAACAAUCUUGAUUCUUUUUAUACGAACGUUACUGUAAUUUAUAACGCAGCCAACGAACGCGAAUGACUAUAUUUCACGAGUACAAUAACGCGCAAAGAUUCAAAAGGAUGCAAGGUGAAUUUGGUCACUUCCAGAAUUUUAUUUAUUUCAUUGUUGCAUCUGCGGCAAAAGGUUGAUCAAUUUCUAGUCCUCGUAAGGUAUAAGAUCAUCUAGUCAGCUGGAUUUGUUUUCCUUUAUUCUCUCGUUUAAUUUAUUGAAACCCAUUUCACGCCAGUGAUUUAAGUUAGUUUCUUCUUUCGUUCCUCUUCUAUUUUCUGUCGCUAUUCUUCGAUACUUUCGAGACGUAAAACGUCGCGACGAUCGCGUCAGUAUUAUUUUCUAUUACGAUCGUACAAGACGUCGGGCCUAAUCAACUCCGUACCUUAUGGUUUUUUCCCAAUGAACGAAUGACUCGAACAUCAAGAAAUGAAAUCUUCCGAAAAUCCUAGCGCUUGUUAAUUGAACGAUUUGUUCCGUGAUUUUUAUAUAAGUCGUUGGGUCAAAAUCCGAGAUACGAUGUUGAAAGGCAACGGGUUAAUCGUAACCGUAAAGACUGUACUUCAUUUUUAGUUUAUCGUCUUGUUCUGACGCCUUUUUGUGCUCUGCCGCAGCGUUUUUUUUUUAUUCUAUUACUUUGUCGGUUGUCUUUUUCACGAUCGACUGCGUCGAUGACUCUGCUCGUUAAUGCGUUCACUGCCACAGUGAAAAAGGACAUAUGGUGGUCAGACACGUUAAAACCUUAAUUUUAAGGAUACGAGUAAUUAAAAGUUUGAGUCGUUAUAUUAAAGUUUGUCAUCGCUUAUUGUUUAUUAAUUAUUCGACUAGGUUGCGUUUAAAAUGUUGGUCACUGGUGACCGUGGCAGUGAACGCUUUAAAAGACGCGCGAUAAGAAGAAACCGAACCAUCAGAUCAUUCCGUUGUAUUUAGCUUGUAUAAUUGUAUAAUUUUUUUAAUGGACAUAAAAAGAAAAAGAAAGAACGUAUAUAUAUA